AAAAUGGAUUCCCUUCCGGCAGGGAGGCGACACUAAGAACAAGGGUGAUUCCCCGACCUGGAGGGCGUUUGAGUAAGGAAGGGAAUUGAAGCGGAGAGCUAAAACGGAAACGGGUUCUCCUGAUAAGAGCGGCUGGCGAGGGCCGGUUCCGGGUGUCACUUACUUGGCGACGGAGGUGGAAAAAGAGCAGGGGGGAGGGGGUGGGAAAGGAGGAGAAGAAGAUGGCGUCCGACAUGGAGACAGAAGUGCAGGCCCUUGAGAGAAGCUUGCUCGAAUGUUCCUCCGAGGAGAUUGCCCGGAACUGGCUACAAGCAUCUGAUCUUCCUAAAGAAAUAUACAAGCACCUAGCCUAUUAUGUGCCCCAAAUUUACUGCAGGGGUCCCAAUCCAGCUCCUGAAAGAGAAGAUAUGCUUGCACAACAUGUUCUUCUGGGCCCAAUGGAAUGGUAUCUUUGUGGUGAAGAUCCUACUUAUGGCUUUCAAAAACUUGAGCAAACAAACAAACCUUCACAUCUUUGUGGCCGGGUUUUUAAAGUUGGAGAACCUACCUAUUCCUGCAGAGACUGUGCAGUUGAUUCAACUUGUGUAUUAUGCAUGGAAUGCUUUCUGGGAAGUGUUCACAGGGAGCAUCGAUAUAGGAUGACAACUUCAGGUGGAGGUGGGUUCUGUGACUGUGGUGACACUGAAGCUUGGAAAGAAGGCUCUUACUGCCAGAAGCAUGAACACAGUACUUCAGAAACAGAGGAGGAUGAGGAUCCUAUUGUCCGCUUGCCAGAAGAUAUGAUAACGAAAGUGUAUGGUAUUUUUGCAGUCAUGUUUCAGUAUGCUGUAGAUAUAUUAACAUGGGAAAAGGAAAAUGAACUGCCACCAGAUUUAGAAACGACCAAGAAAAAUGAUACUUAUUACUGCAUGCUUUUUAAUGAUGAAGUCCACACAUAUGAGCAAGUUAUUUAUACACUUCAAAAAGCAGUCAAUUGCACACAGAAGGAGGCCAUUGGAUUUGCAACAACUGUGGAUAGAGAUGGGCGCAGAUCAGUUCGCUAUGGAGAUUUUCAGUACUGUGACCAAGCCAAAUCUGUGAUAGUAAGAAGUACUACUCGCCAGACUCGGCCAUUGAAAGUUCAAGUUAUGCGUUCAUCUAUUGUUGCCCAUCAAAGCUUUGCUCUGAAGCUUCUCACUUGGCUGAGUAACAUUAUUGGAUAUUCAGAUGGUCUUCGUAGAAUAUUGUGCCAAGUUGGUUUACAAGAAGGACCGGAAGGAGAAAAUUCUUCCCUUGUUGAUAAAUUGAUGCUUUCUGAUUCUAAACUUUGGAAAGGAGCUAGAAGUGUGUAUCAUCAGUUAUUCAUGAGCAGCCUACUUAUGGAUUUGAAAUACAAGAAACUGUUUGCUUUCCGGUUUGCCAGAAAUUAUCGGCAGUUGCAGAGAGAUUUUAUGGAGGAUGAUCACGAGCGGCCAGUGUCGGUGACUGCUCUCUCUGUUCAGCUCUUCACUGUACCUACUCUGGCAAGAAUGUUAAUUGUAGAAGAGAAUCUCCUGACUACUAUAAUCUCAACAUUUAUGGAUCAUUUACGACAUAGAGAUAUACAGGGGAGAUUUCAGUUUGAACGGUAUACUGCACUACAGGCAUUCAAAUUCCGACGAGUCCAAAGCCUGAUUCUGGAUUUAAAGUAUGUGUUGAUAAGCAAGCCAACUGAGUGGUCAGAUCAACUGAGACAAAAAUUUCUAGAUGGCUUUGAUGUCUUCUUGGAAUUGUUGAGGUGUAUGCAAGGUAUGGAUCCAAUAACUCGCCAAGUAGGACAGCAUAUUGAAAUGGAACCAGAGUGGGAAGCUGCAUUCACACUGCAGAUGAAAUUAACACAUGUUAUCUCAAUGAUGCAAGAUUGGUGUGCUUUAGAUGAAAAAGUGCUUAUUGAAGCAUAUAAGAAAUCUUUGACUGCUUUGAUGCAAUGCCACUGUGGUUUUACUGAUGGAGAACAGCCUAUUGAACUCAGCAUGUGUGGACAUUCAGUUGAAACUAUUAGAUACUGUGUUUCUCAGGAAAAAGUUAGCAUUCAUCUUCCUGUUUCCCGUUUACUUGCAGGUCUGCAUGGACUUUUGAGCAAAACAGAAGUAGCAUACAAGUUUCCAGAACAACUACCAAUGAGUGAACUUAGUCCUCCUAUGUUAAUAGAACAUCCCCUGCGAUGUCUAGUUCUAUGCGCCCAAGUUCAUGCUGGAAUGUGGCGGAGAAAUGGAUUUUCACUUGUUAAUCAGAUAUACUACUAUCAUAAUGUAAAGUGCAGAAGAGAAAUGUUUGAUAAAGACAUUGUAAUGCUCCAGACAGGUGUGUCUAUGAUGGAUCCAAACCACUUUUUGAUGAUGAUGCUGUGUCGCUUUGAACUUUAUCAGAUAUUUAGUACUCCGGAUUAUGGCAAAAGGUUCAGUUCCGAAAAUACCAAUAAGGAUAUGGUUCAGCAAAAUAAUACUCUCAUUGAAGAAAUGUUACACCUAAUUAUAAUUAUUGUUGGAGAGAGAUUUACUCCAGGAAUUGGGCAGAUUAAUGCUACAGAUGAAAUAAAACGAGAGAUUAUUCACCAGUUGAGCAUCAGACCCAUGGCUCAUAGUGAAUUAGUAAAAGCAUUGCCAGAAGAUGAAAACAAAGAGACCGGAAUGGAAACUGUCAUUGAAGCAGUUGCCUGUUUCAAGAAACCAGGAUUAACAGGAAGAGGCUUAUAUGAGUUAAAGCCAGAAUGUGCUAAAGAUUUCAAUUUAUAUUUUUACCAUUUUUCAAGGGCAGAACAGUCUAAGGCAGAGGAAGCCCAAAGAAAACUAAGACGACAAAACCGGGAAGACACAGCACUGCCACCUCCUGUAUUACCGCCAUUUUGCCCUCUGUUUGAAAGCCUGAUUAAUAUUCUACAGUGUGAUGUCAUGUUAUGCCUUAUGAGAACAAUCCUUCAGUGGGCAGUAGAGCAUAAUGGAUAUGCCUGGUCAGAGUCCAUGCUACAAAGGAUUCUUCACUUGAUUGGAAUGGCACUACAAGAAGAAAAACAACAUAUUGAGAAUGCUAGUGAAGAUAAUCUUGUGACUUUUACAUUUAGUCAGAAAAUUUCAAGGCCUGGUGAGACACCCCGCAAUUCCCCAAGUAUAUUAGCCAUGCUAGAAACUUUGCAAAAUGCACCCCACCUAGAAGUGCAUAAAGACAUGAUUAGAUGGAUACUAAAGACUUUUAAUACUGUUAAGAAACUCCGAGAGAGAUCUUCUACAAGUCCUGUUUUGGAGACUGAGGGAAAUUUUAUGGAAGAGAGCUCACGAGAUAAAGAAAAGGCUGAGAGGAAACGAAAAGCAGAGAUUGCUAGAUUGCGAAGGGAGAAGAUCAUGGCACAAAUGUCUGAGAUGCAGCGGCAUUUCAUUGAUGAGAACAAAGAACUCUUCCAGCAAACUAUAGAUGAACUUGAAACUUCUACCUCCAGAGUGCAUGAUCACAGUCCUUCAGUUUCAGAUACCAGGCUUAUUGCCUUGGGUCCUGAGCAGACUAAAGUGUGUGAACAAAGACAGAUAGUUACUUGUAUCUUAUGCCAAGAAGAACAGGAGGUCAAGAUGGAUAACAGAGCAAUGGUGCUGGCAGCAUUUGUUCAGAGAUCAACAGUCUUGUCCAAAAAUAGGAAUAAAGUGAUUUCAGAUCCUGAAAAAUAUGAUCCAUUAUUUAUGCAUCCAGACCUGUCAUGUGGAACACACACUGGUAGUUGUGGACAUAUUAUGCAUGCACAUUGCUGGCAAAGGUAUUUUGAUGCUGUGCAAGCAAAAGAACAAAGACGACAACAAAGAUUACGAGUGCAUACAAGUUACGAUGUAGAAAAUGGUGAAUUCCUUUGUCCUCUCUGUGAAUGCUUAAGCAAUACCGUCAUUCCUCUUCUUCCUCCUCCAAGGACUUUGUUUAGCAGAUUAGACUUUGCAAAAGAACAAAAUCUAGUUCAGUGGAUAAGAAGAAUAUCUCAGCAAAUCAAAGCAUUGCUUAUGCUUCAAGAUCAGGAAAGUGCCAAUAAUCUUCCUUGUAAUAACUCAGAAAAAAUGGAUGAAGCACAUCUACCUGAAGGAUUUAGGCCAGAGGUUCAACCAAAGAAUCCAUAUUCUGAAAGCAUCAAAGAAAUGCUGAAAACAUUUGGUACUGCAACAUAUAAAGUUGGUCUGAAAGUUCAUCCCAAUGAAGAAGAUCCACGUGUACCUAUAAUGUGCUGGGGCAGUUGUGCAUUUACAAUCCAAGCAAUAGAACAAAUUUUAGCUGAUGAAGAAAAACCAUUAUUUGGUCAAUUGUCUUGCAGACAGGAUGACUGUCUUACUUCAUUAACACGAUUUGCGGCUGCACAGUGGACAGUUUCUUCACUAUUAGCAGUACAGGGUCACUUUUGUAUGCUUUUACCAUCACUGGUGCCUUAUGAAAAAAGUGGAAAUCUUCCAUGCAUUCUUGACAUCGACAUGUUUCAUUUAUUGGUAUGCCUGGUAUUCUCUUUCCCUGCUGUACACUGUCAGGACUUUUCAGGAGUCAGUCUUGGUACAGGAGAUAUUCAUAUCUUCCACCUUGUCACUAUGGCACAUAUUGUACAAAUAAUACUUACCUCAUCCACAGAAGAAAAUGGUAUGGACCAAGGAAACUCUACUGUUGAAGAAGCUGCUGUUCUUGCUUUGCAUAAGCAUAUUGGCCAGUGUGUGGGCAGUGCCUUGAAAGAAAUUUCUUCUGGAUGGCACCUAUGGAAAAGUAUAAAAACUGGGAUCAUGCCUUUUCUGAGGUGCUCUGCUAUGUUCUUCCACUAUUUAAAUGGAGUUCCCAUACCACCAGAAUUGAAAGCCAAUGGGGCAAACCAGUUUGAAUACUUAUGUAGCUAUCUCUCCUUGCCAAGCAACCUAAUUUGCCUUUUUCAAGAGAACAGCAAAAUUACAAAUACAUUAAUAGAAAGCUGGUGUAAUAACAGUGAAGUAAAAAGAUGCCUGCAAGGUCAGCGACAAGCCAUAAGCUAUCCACGAGAGUCUAAUAAAUUAAUAGAACUUCCAGAAGAUUACAGCUGCCUAAUCAAUCAAGCAUCUAAUUUUUCGUGUCCAAAGUCAGGUGGUGAUAAAAGUAGAGCACCAACAUUAUGCCUUGUCUGUGGAACUAUGUUGUGUUCUCAGAGUUACUGUUGUCAAACAGAACUGGAGGGAGAAGAUGUAGGAGCAUGUACUGCACAUACAUAUACAUGUGGCUCUGGAGUUGGAAUCUUCCUCAGAGUACGUGAAUGUCACGUGCUAUUUCUAGCUGGAAAAACAAAAGGUUGUUUCUAUGCUCCUCCCUAUUUAGAUGACUAUGGAGAGACUGAUCAAGGACUCAAGCGUGGCAAUCCUUUACAUCUGUGCAGAGAAAGAUUUAAAAAGAUUCAAAAACUCUGGCAACAACACAGUAUCACAGAGGAAAUAGGACAUGCACAAGAAGCAAAUCAAACUUUAGUAGGCAUUGACUGGCAGCAUUUAUAACUUAUUUUCUGCGUUCUAGAACUCAAUAAUUCUUUCGUAAUCCAUCAUAAUGCGUCAAGCAAAAAAGAAAUAGGAAACGAUGGAAAAUAAUAAAGAGAGGAAUUAAUUUUU